AUGGACAAGUUCAAAGCAUCACAGGCCGCUAAUCGACGAAACCCAAAGGCUCCAAUCAAGCUGCCAAUGUGCAUGGCAUGCAGUCCCCGGAGUAGGGACGAGAUGAAAUGCGUCAUGUGCAACAAGGUCAAAGCACUAGAUUUCUUCUCCAAAGCACAACGCAAAAAACCAGAUGAUGCUGAGAAGCAGGACCGUGAAGCAGAUCACGACAAAGAAGUCCAAGAGGUUGAGAUCAUGCAAGACUUGAAGCGAAAGGAACUCGGCCUCGCUACCACCAACACAUAUUCCGCCUCCACUGUACCCAGUAGACUUGAGGCCUCUCGGCUUUCACAAGCACGAUCAGAGCGAUACGAGACCGAUACCAAUCCAGGAAGCUGGGACUGGAACGAUGGCAACAACGACGAAAUCAGUUUGAAUGGAUCUGCCAUGUCAGAGACCUUUUCUCGAGGCACAAGACAGACGACAAAUUCCGGCUGGGACAACUUUCGAGUUGAUGACCGUAUGCGAAACUACUCGAGCGCCGGUUCCCGAGAUAGUCAACGUUUUGCCAAGUCCAAAGCCGAACGCCCGACUGUAGAGGAAAAAGCGUUGGCAUCGCUGGAGCGAGAGAACAGAAGGGCGAGGGAAGAUGAGGAAAACCUUGAACUGGAGGUGAGCGAUAGAGAUGACGAAGAUUCGGAUGAUCCAUACUGA